CUUGUUUCGAUCACGUGACGUGAGCUGACGAAGAUGGUGGAAGUUUCUUCUUCCUUGAAGUGAAUCCUCGACUGAAAGCUAAACAUCCCGCAGACCGAGGAGCUGGGAGUUCACUGCAGCGGUACCAGCUUGGUUUAACGUCCUCCUUUCAGAUCUGGGCCUUCACCCCAGCCCUAUGUCAUGGCAAGUGGAGUCACCAAGCCGGGCACUUCCAAUGGUUACCCUAUGAAGGCACAGCUACAAAUCAUUGUGCUAUCAGCAAAACUAAAAGAGAACAAGAAAAACUGGUUCGGUCCCAGUCCCUAUGUGGAGGUGACGGUCGACGGCCAGUCCAAGAAAACCGAGAAAUGCAACAACACCCACAGCCCCAAAUGGAAGCAGCCGCUCACUGUGAUUGUGACUCCAUUCAGCAAACUGGUGUUUCGCGUGUGGAGCCACCAGACCCUGAAGUCAGACGUGAUGCUAGGCAUGGCCACGCUGGACGUCAGUGACACGCUCAAGUCUAACGACCUGAAAAUCUCUGAGGUGGUGCAGACCUUGCAGCUGAGUGCAGACAGAGACCAGUCAGAUGUGGUGGGAGACCUGUCCGUCUGCCUGGACGGCAUGACCGUCGACCCCGAGAUGUUCGCCACGGCCGAGGCCGACCAUCACAGUAAAUCAAAUGGGGAAUCACAACCCAAUGGGGAUCACGCCAUAAGACGGAGUCGAGACAGCUCCCCAGCUGUGGACAGUGUAGAGCACAGGUCUUCUCCCAGUGGCCGGAGGUCAGCGAACAGCAAUGGGUCUCCCUCAGUGUCAUCAAGGCCUCUCCGCCCACCCAGGCCCUCCAGACCUCCUCCUCCAACCCCACGCAGACCCACCUCUUCACCAGCACCUUCCAGCAAUGGCUCUGCACCAGCCGACGGCAGCGAUGGUCAGUCAGGUUCUGAUACACCGGUGCGAACACCGGCCUCAGGGCCACCGACAGCCCCGACAGCCCCGGCAGCCCCAGAAUCAAGUCCAUCGGCAGGCUCAGAGAGGAGCUCCACACCGGCCUCCAGCUCUGGAGCUGCAGCCACCAGACAGCCGACCAGCAGCGUCACCCCUGCUGUCACUCCGAGGGUCCCCGCUGUCACCGCUGGGCCGUUGCCCUCUGGGUGGGAGCAGAGGGUGGAUCAAAACGGCAGGCUGUAUUUUGUCGAUCACGUGGAAAAGAGAACAGCGUGGGAACGACCUGAUUCACUGCCAUCUGGCUGGGAGCGUCGCAUCGACCAGAUGGGGCGGGUCUACUUUGUUGAUCACAUGACGCGAACCACCACAUGGCAGCGCCCCACGAUGGAGACGGUGCGUAACUACGAGCAGUGGCAGCACCAGCGCAGCCAGCUACAGGGUGCCAUGCAGCAGUUCAACCAGAGGUUCAUAUUCGGGCUACAAGAACAGGUGUCAGCCACUCAGAAUAAGGAGUUUGAUCCUCUUGGGCCUCUGCCACAUGGAUGGGAGAAGAGAACGGACACGACUGGCAGAGUUUAUUUUGUACAACAUCAAACGCGGACAACACAGUGGGAGGACCCACGAACACAGGGUUUGCUGAAUGAUAAGCCACUUCCAGAGGGCUGGGAGAUGAGGUUCACUGUGGAUGAGAUUCCCUACUUUGUAGACCACAACAGGAGAACGACCACCUACAUCGACCCUCGCACUGGAAAAUCCUCACUUGAAAACGGACCUCAGAUCACCUACGUCCGAGACUUCAAAGCCAAAGUACAGUACUUCAGAUUCUGGUGCCAGCAACUGUCAAUGCCUCAACACAUCAAGAUCACUGUAACCAGAAAAACCCUGUUUGAGGACUCCUUCCAGCAGAUAAUGAGCUUUAACGCUCAAGACCUGCGGAGGAGAUUAUGGAUCAUCUUCCCUGGAGAAGAAGGCCUCGACUACGGAGGCGUCGCCAGGGAAUGGUUCUUCCUGUUGUCCCAUGAGGUUUUGAACCCCAUGUACUGCCUGUUUGAAUAUGCCGGUAAAGAUAACUACUGUCUCCAGAUCAACCCUGCCUCCUACAUCAACCCUGACCACCUCAAGUAUUUCAAGUUCAUAGGACGCUUCAUUGCCAUGGCUCUUUUCCACGGCAAGUUCAUCGACACUGGUUUCUCACUGCCAUUCUACAAGCGCAUCCUAAACAAGCCAUUGGCCCUGAAGGACCUGGAGUCAAUAGACCCGGAGUUCUACAACUCCCUCAUGUGGAUCAAGGAUAACGACAUCGAGGAGUGUGGGCUGGAGAUGUUCUUCUCCGUUGACAAAGAGAUCCUGGGGGAAAUCUCCACCGUUGAGCUGAAAACAGGAGGAGGAGACAUCCAGGUCACUGAGGAGAACAAGGAGGAGUACAUCAGGCUGGUAGCAGAAUGGAGGAUGUCCAGAGGAGUGGAAGAGCAGACACAGGCUUUCUUUGAAGGCUUCAACGAGGUCCUCCCUCAGCAGUACCUGCAGUACUUUGAUGCUAAAGAGCUCGAGGUGAUGCUGUGCGGUAUGCAGGAGAUCGACUUGGCAGACUGGCAAAGAAGCACCAUCUACAGACACUACGCUCGAAGCAGCAAACAGAUCGUCUGGUUCUGGCAGUUUAUAAAGGAGAUGGACAAUGAGAAGAGGAUGAGGCUGCUGCAGUUCGUCACCGGUACCUGUCGCCUACCCGUCGGAGGCUUUGUCGACCUUAUGGGAAGCAACGGUCCCCAGAAGUUCUGUAUUGAGAAGGUUGGAAAAGAAAACUGGCUUCCCAGAAGUCACACGUGCUUCAACAGACUGGACUUGCCACCCUACAAGAGCUACGAGCAACUGAAGGAGAAGCUGAUGUUUGCCAUCGAGGAGACGGAAGGCUUCGGACAGGAGUGAGAGAAACCAGGAGGAGAAGGUUGAAUAGUGGCUGCAGGAGUCUGAAGGAAUAAAGACCACCAGUGUUCAAAUCAGGGAGCCCCUUCAGAAAAAAAAAGCGGGUGUUUCAUGUGUUUCUGCUCCUGCAUGCACGCACGCACCUGUAUGGUACGUCUAUGGGUGCGUGCGUGAGACUGUUGUCUGCAUGUUGUUGCAAAGGAGGGAUCUGCAGGCCUGUCUAUGCUUGAUUGGUACGUGAACAUUUUGUAUUCUUUUAAACCAAAACGCAGGAGCUGCUCCCGUCUCUCUCAGAAUGUGCGGCAAAUUAUGCAUGGGAUCCUGAAAACUCACCCUCCAUGGCAUCUGUUUUAAUGGGACUGCAGUAGUUUUUUUCCUACCUACGCGUGAUCAUGUAAUGAAAGGCAACAGGGUGGCCUGAGUCGAAAUCUCAUAACCAGAAGGGUCACAUGUUCUAACAGUAGUGUGUCAUCAGGGUGUCUUUGACUACCUGAUUUCUUCUUAUUAAGUUGCUCUGCUUUAAAUCAUCUGGUAAAUGUCAAAGUGUUCAUUUUAAGGCAAUAUUGAGAGGGUGUGCUUUUUUCUAAAACAGGGUUAAGUUUCACCAAAAAGAUUGUCUGUUGCAUCCACAGUUAGCAUCAUUUACAUCAGUCAUUCAUCCAUCCCAUCAUAUCCUCAAAUCUAUCAUACUUCCAUCUGCAUCUCUACUCAUGACUAAAGUGGAUCUUUAAAAAAAAAAGAAAAAAAAAAAAAAAAUGAACAGUAACAGCUGACCAUAGACGGGUUUCUUGUAUACCAACAUUACAGGAUGCGUGCGCAUUCAGGGGGCAAAACCGCUUCGGCAGCCGGUUGUAAUCAACAUAGAUUUUGCUUUGUUAGUACGUUCCUGUUAGUAUACUAGACCCCUGCAGAGUCCGACCACCAGAUACCACUAUCAUAUGACGUAUUGGUAUGAGAUUUGUUUACUAUUAUCACCUGUUAUGAAAUGGGUAAGGUUAGAUCAGACAUAAGUGUGACAUUUGACUUGGGGGACUAGGGUCUGUUUGGUUGACACUCCGGUCGGAGUUUAAGUUACGUGAGCCCCAGCUUGAUGGCCGCCGCUAGAUACUUUUUCCUUUGCGGUUCCUCAUUAGGUGUAACGUUAAUAUAAAACUGGAGACUUGGAUUUUGAUCUUGUUAUUAGUAGAACCAGUCACACAGCAGCUCUUUGUAUGUCAGGCAGGUGAACAUUAACAUCAGACCCCUGACGGCUUUCUAUUAAAUAGCGUGUUGCUGGUUGCUAGCUAACGUUAGCGGUUAGCAAUUUAGAGCGGUAACGAAGUCUUGCAUCACCUUUAAGUUUUAAGGCAGAGUUGCUAAAUAUAUAUAAAUAUUUCCUUAGAGUGUGAGUCGAUCACCCUGUGGUUGAUCAGUUCAUUUCUAUCGAUCUGUGGAGCAUGACAGCUCGCCAUGACCAGCCGCUGCUCUGCUAUCGCUGUGUGACUAGAACGCUUUCGCCCAUCAGGCCUGGAUCCAUAAUCUUCUUCUGUUUUUAGCAAAGGCAUGUGAUCCCCUCAGAAUAUUAAACAAUUUACAUGCAUCUUUUCUGCGGUUGGUGCAGUUUACUGCACAACAACCCCUUCGUCAUCUCAGCUUUGGAGCUUGGCUCUGCUAGACCUGCCGUGUUUUCUGCCCCCCUAGCUGCGCGCGCAUCUCUGUGAUGACGUCGCACAGAAACCCGUCUAAGAUGAUAGCUAAGCCGUAGUGAAUUUCUAAAGAGUGCCCCCCAGCUAAUGCUUAAAUAACAGACAAUCUUGGUGCUGCAAAGAGAUUUGGGCGACAUGCCUGAUAUAAGUAACAAGAGAGAAACCGUUUUCUUUUCCUGGUUCUAUAGUAUUUGAUCUGUGAAUCACUUAAUGAUUGUGAAAUGUGUUGGAGCCUCCAUUAUUUGUAGUGGUGGGACAUAUGGAAGACUUCAACAGAACUUAAACCGACCCUAGCUUUAUAGGGCCGGAGUUUGUACACUGUGAUGGGGAAUGGGAUGUCUUGGAUUAGAGUAUUCUGGGAGUAUUUUAUAAGUUAUUCCUUUUAAAAUCAGUUUCAGAGACAUUUUACACCCUCCUUAUUUUAAUUCAUGGGGUGGUCUUGUUAAAAAACAAGAUCCUGAAGAAAUCCAUUGGGGAUGAAGUAUGUAUUUUAAGACGGUGUUCCGUGUAUUCAGUACUCAAGAUGUACGAAAAGUGAAAAACACCAAAUGCAAGUCAAACCAAAACUUUUAUUUUCAGUUUAGUUAAAAUCUUUGAUGACAUUUUGAAUCGUAAUUUUGCAAAAGACUAAAAGAAAUUGUAUGUAGCUCCUCAUACACAUGUAGCAUUUGAAGGUGAGGUGACUCUUCUUGCCCCACAGGCAACCAAAAUGAAUGGGAAAAUAAACAUUUUUAGGAAUUUAAAAAUCACUGUCAAAAAGAUGCAGUGCGGUAUUUCAAACUUUUGUCUUCCCUUUUACAUUUAAAGGUCCAGUGUGUAGGAUUUAGUGGCAUCUAGUGGUGAGGUUUCAGAUUGCAACCAACUGAAUAUCCCUCCGCUCACCCUUCCCUUUCCAAGCGUGUCAGAGAACUACGGUGGCCUUCAGGUAACGUAAAAACGCGAGAGGUUGUGAAGAGGACCCGCUCCCUAUGUAGAUAUGAAGGGCUAACUCUAAUGCCUAUUCACACUACACGACUUUAAAAAUCGCCGUUGGCUCGCCGCUCGCAGCAUCAUGUGUGAACCACUCAAAGACGCGAGCCGAGAUGCUCACCGACACUCGUCGAUGCCUCGCAGACACAUUCCAGAUAUCUAGCAUGCUAAAUAUGUGGACCUGUCGGGAACUCCUGCCAGGAGCUACAGCCAAUGAGAGCAUGAGACACGGGUUUAGGGGAAACCUGAGGGAGGACCGGUCGCCUGUAACAAUAAUAGCUUACCUGGUAAAGCGCCCAUGUAUCAAAGGUUUGCUCCAAUGACCCGGGGUUUGAAUCUUACUCGUGGCCCUUUGCUGCAUGUCAUCCCCUCUCUCGCUCCCUUUCACAACUAUGACUAUCUCUAUCAAAAUAAAGGCAAAAAAACAAAAAAAAUAUUCUUAAAAAGACAAAAGAAAACAAUAGGAACUUACUAUAUGUGUUGCAUUUGCAACACAACAAUAACAACAACAUCAGCAUUGUGUCUCGCGUAUGGUAUCACGUCAUUUACCCUGUGUUUCUCGCCUAUUUUUUCAUGACAAAACAUAGUUCGGAGACCUCAUCAGGGAUUCCUCCCAGUGAAAAAUCUUGUAGUGUGUGACUCCCGUCUCCGGUCAGUCAAGUAAUGUAAAACCACAAGGACUUCAAGACUCCCGAUAACAAGGCAGCAAGUUGUGUAGUGUGAACAGUACUGAGAUCUGACGACUUUGAAAGUCGUGUAGUGUGAACUUAUCUUUAGCUACCAAAAAUACAACAAUUCUUAUUUUCAGGUGAUUAUACGCUAAUGAAAACAUAGUUAUGAACACUAUAUUCCAUUUCUGCCAAUAGAUCCCCCUAAAUCCUACACACCGGACCUUUUUAAAGGAACAUUUUACCUUUUGAGUAUUUUCACUUCAUAACAGUCAAAAUUCCCAUGAUGUCAUUUUGUUUUACAGACAAAGAUACUGCUUCAAAAUGAAUGUCUGAAACACAGUGAAAUUAUACGUGUGGUUAUGUUUUAAAUUUUGAAGAUGUGUUGAUUAUUAUGGAUCUCAAGAACAGACAAUUUUAUCAGAUUACUGUUCACUGAUUACAGAAACCUCCCAGAUGUUUUACCAAUGUGGAAUCCAACAUUGAGUGUGUAAAGAAACAGUAUUUGUGUUAUAACUGCAAACACUUGUUUGAUCAGUACAGAGUUUAAGAAGAUGAUUAAUUUAUAUUUAUGAAAACAAAAUACCAGGUAGCGUGGUUGCUCGUUUUGGAGUGUCCUUUUGAAUUGGUUAAUUACACACUGAAAAGACAGGUGUGGUUACUGAAGAACAUUGGAUUCAGGGGUUGUUGGUCUGACAAAGCACAGCACUUUUUAAAAAUAUCCCUCCACUCUCUUUCUUUUCUUCAGCAUGUGGGCCAUCCAGUCCUGGUUGUUGGCAACUCUAGACUCUUUGUUUCCACAUGCAUGGUGAGAUGAUGUUUGUCAUUAGCCUUCAGGUAGCCUUAUUUCUACCCUCAGACAUCAGGUACAUUUUUAGCAACUUGAUGACGGCAGAGGUGAUUGACCACGUGGGCUUUAUGGUCAAAUGAAUACUCUGGCUCUGGUCAGUCCUUCUUGACCCUGCUGUAGAGAAGUAACCAGACCAAGAAGAGUUUGAUGAGUUCUUUUGAAGAAACUGCACCAGUGUGGAAAAGCUAGAAGAAGCUGGAAGCAUGGCCUGUUUCGAUGGCUAAUCGCGACCUCAUCUGGGAUAACAACUACUGAGACAAAGUCAGUGUAAUAUAACGAAUGUAUCAUGAUGAAAAUUUGAUUGGUAAAGUUGCCUAUUUACAUUUUUGCCUCAGAUUGUUACCCCUGAUUGAGUGUUGUUUUAAUCUUGUUCUGGGUCGAUCACAUAUUAAAAUGCCAGGGACAUAGCAGUUAAGCAAAUAUGUGAAUAUCAUAAUUCACCGCUUCUUUUUGUUGUCGCUUUCCAAUGUACAAACUAAACCACUGUCACUCUCCUGUAUAUGAAAAACGAGUUGUAAAUGGUGUCAAUAACAAAGUUUCUUUUGUAAAAGAAAGGUUUUAAUAAGAGGUUUAUGGUAAUACUAUAUUUUCUUUUCCCUGUUUAAUUGCUGAUGUACAUGAAAGAUGUGUAAAAUAGAAAUUGUCACCUUAAUAAAUUAAAUCAAAAAUUA